GGUCUGGCUUUUGUCGGUCUGUUCCCUGAAGACCUGCUCAGUCUGGCUUUAUCCGCAGAGUUCGUCAACAGGGCUUGUAAUUCCCAGGAGCUUGAGUUGAGGAAAGACUUAUUCACCUUAGACGGAACUGUAGGCUUGGAGUUACCUGAGUCGACGGUCCCAAGACUUAGUCACGCAAUUCGGGAAGAAGUGACCAAACAGCUGUGGGAUUUCGCUCAAUCAGAUAUCUGCCAGAAGCCUGAGGUGCUUGAGGCCGAAGAUGUGUUGCGGAAACUUCUGGGUGGAGAGAUGUUUGUGCGCAAACACAUGAUACUUCCACAUUUGCGCUCGAUUGAUCUGGAAGUGCACUUAGACCAAAAUGACCAACCUAUUCCUGUAUCCUCCGGACCUGGGCAACAAAAUCUCGCCUCUCAAAACUUGGAUGCAAGGCUCUCUGGAGUUACCAUAACUGACGACCUACUAGCUCAACUAACUAAUACACGAAAGACGCCAGUGCAGCAGUCCAACAAGUUCCUCCAAAAGCCAGAGGUUCACACAGUUGAACCUGUCCGAGAGAGAGAAAGUAUUUUCAAUGUGGGUAUUGACUUGACGGACAAUCUUCUGAUGUCGUUGACCAAAUCCCGAAAGCAUUCGUCUCACCUGGACGAUUCUAAACCAUCUAUUCAGAGACUUGCUGUUCAAGUGACACAUAGGAAUCACUAUUGCUACAGGACUGAGCAGUUGCUUGGAUUACAUGCACUGAAGAGGAGACAACUUGCGCUGGCUGGAUACAGAGUCGUAGAGUUGCCCCAUUGGGAAUGGUUUCCCUUGCUGCGACGCUCGUAUGCCGAGAAAGUCGCCUAUCUGCACUGCAAGAUAUUCAGCUGUUCUGACUCCAAAAAAUAGAUUGAUUGAAUUCUCUACAUAUAUAAACUAACCUACAGCUAACAUUUCUGUUUCAUACUAAACCACAGCACUGAUGUUUUUUGUUGUUGUUUUGAUUAAAUGAUUAUGUGACUGUAUUGUUGCACAUUUUUAAGUC